AUGGACCCUAAUACCAAACUUGAAGUACAGACAGAUGGAACAAAAGUUGACCGAGGAAGGUAUCAACAUCUUGUGGGAAAACUAAUAUACCUAACUCACACUCGGCCUGACAUAAGCUUCGUUGUGAGUGUUGUUAGCCAAUUUCUCAAUAAUCCCUUUGAGGAACACAUGGAUGCCGUCUACCGGAUUCUUAGGUACCUCAAGGGAACACCAGGAAAAGGGUUAAUGUUCAGGAAAUCUCUCAACAAAGAUCUUCAAAUAUACACAGAUGUAGAUUGGGCUAGUUCUCUCACUGAUCGAAGAUCCACUUCUGGGUACUGCUCCUACGUUUGGGGAAAUCUCGUAUCUUGGCGAAGCAAGAAGCAACAAGUGGUAGCUCGCAGUAGUGCAGAAGCAGAAUUUCGUGCCUUAGCACAUGGAAUUUGUGAAGGAAUGUGGCUAAAACGUCUUCUCGAUGAACUCAGAAUCAAACUUGAAGGUCCAAUAGAUGUUCUCUGUGACAAUCAAUCAGCCAUAGCAAUAGCAAAGAAUCCAGUUCAUCAUGAUAGGACCAAACAUGUUGAAAUUGAUCGUCACUUCAUCAGUGAAAAGAUUGAAAACAAGAUCAUCACCUUGAAGCAUAUUUCCUCGAGACAACAAGCUGCUGAUAUCUUAACCAAAGCCCUCCAUCUUCCUAAUUUUAGGGAACUAAGUUCAAAAUUAGGAAUAUUUAGUAUAUAUCUAGCUUGA